AUGAAGCGUCACAGAGAAAGUGGAGCGGCGUAUAAACGAAGAAGAAAAGAAGAAAAAGAGAAAGAAGCAGCUAAAUCACGGGAUUCGCUGUUGAAAUACUUCAAUCCUAAUCCUAACAGUUCGCAGUCUUCUAGUCAAAGUGUUGAAGUCAAUCCGACAGAACUUAGUCCACAACAAGUCAUUCAAGACAUUCCUGAAGUUGCCGAUGUGAUACCACAAGCUAGUCCUGAAGAAUGCAGUAACGAAGAGAAUUCAGAAGAAGAAAGUGCAAACGCUAUAGGAUCUGAAAUCUCGGCUUUGAACGAACUUACUUGUAGCUCAGAAUCCCAAGAUUUUAUCGAAGUUCGCAAUUCAGAGGUACUUCAGAAAGUCAAUGUCGACGUGGCGGUGGCGGAAACCAGCACUCAGAGCAACGAAAUUCCAAACGAUGCGGGACUGUGGCCAGAACUAAUUUCAGACGAACUGCGCGUGUACUUGGUGAAACAAGGUCCGGAUCAAGUGCGCCAUAUGAACGCAAAAUUUGCUUCUCAAACAAGACCAGCAUCAGAGAAAAGUAAAGGCCUUGUCAGAAAUUUGACAAAAAAUUGGUUCUACAAAGUUCUAGAGAACAAUCAAAAAACUUUGCGAACCUGGAUGCUAUAUUCACCUGCUAAGGGAUCGCUAGUCUGUUUCUGUUGCAGAUUGUUUGAUAGAAAUUCUUCCCAGUCUUCAAGUUUCAGUAAAUCUGACGGUUUCAAAAAUUGGUUGAAACUAAGCCCAAAAGUUGACGAACAUGAAGCAAGUGCCUUGCAUUGCAGUACCUUUUUUCAGUGGAAGACUUUGGAAAUUGGGCUGAUGUCAGGAAAAACUAUUGAUUUCCAACAUCAAGAGUCAGUUUUACGAGAAGAAAAGAAGUGGCGUGACAUUCUGAAACGCAUACUAGACGUCAUCUUGUUUUUGGCGCGACAAAAUCUUUCCCUGAGAGGUCACAGAGAAAGUUACAAAGAUUCGUGUGUGGAAAACCACGGAAACUUUCUCGAACUUAUACACUUCUUAUCCAACUAUGAUUCAGUUCUAGCAGAACAUCUAACUCGAGUUAAGCUGUCCAACAAACUUACGCCAACGUACUUAUCUCCCGAAAUUCAAAACGAGUUUAUUAAUUUGCUUGGAGACCAUGUUCGACGUCGAAUAAUUAGUGAUGUGAAUGAUGCCAAGUACUUUUCAAUUAUAUUCGAUAGUACACCGGACAUUUCUCACAAGGACCAAACCAGCCAAGUCAUUCGCUACGUCAAGAUCAGCGGAACAGAAGUCGAAGUUGUGGAGUCCUUCAUUGAUUUUAUUGAAACGCAUGGAAAAACUGCUGAACAAAUUUCAUCGAUGAUCUUAAAGAAAUUGGAAACUGACGGUUUAGAUAUUCAGAACUGCCGUGGCCAAGCUUACGAUAACGCUGCUACAAUGGCCGGUAUUCGCAACGGAGUACAAUCUAAAAUCCGGGAGAUUAAUCCUAAAGCAACGUUCAUUCCUUGCUCGAACCACAGUUUGAAUCUUGCUGGCGUUCAUGCAGCAUCUGUUUCGGCAAGUUCCGUUACUUUUUUCGGAACACUAGAACGUAUAUUUGUAUAUUUUUCGUCAUCGACACAGCAUUGGGAUGCUUUACUUCAAGUGACAAAACAAGGUGUAAAGAGGCUCGUUGACACACGCUGGAGUUCUCGACACGACGCUGUUGCAGUGAUAAAAAAUCAUUUUGAAGAAAUUCUGGAGGUACUGGAAAAGUUGAACGAAAACCACAAUGAAAACGCCAAGACUCGUUCAGAUGCUGGAAUAUUGCUUUGCUCCCUUCGAACUUUUUCGUUUCUCGGGUAUCUCAGCCUUUGGAGUACUGUUCUUUCAGAAAUAAAUGAUACUCAAAAAUACUUGCAAAGGCAAGGUCUAAACGUUAAAAAUUGUGCUGAAAAAGUUGCAGCUUUAAAAAUUUACUUAGAGACAAACAGGGAGAAAAUCGUUACCAAAGCCGCCGAAUAUGCAACCUUGAUGUGUGAAAAGUUCGAUAUAAGCGUUACUUCUAAACGUACAAAAAAGAGAAAGCAGAUUCACGGAGACGGAUCCGAGGGCGUUUCGCUCACCCCAGCACAAGAGCUUAGUCGAGAAAUGUACGGAGCUGUUGAUAGAAUUAUUGAAGAAAUAACGACUCGAUUUCAGCAGUUGGACGAAAUUCGACAAAAGUACAGCUUUCUUUUUCCGGAAUCGCUGCUGGACCCGCAGAAAGAAGACAAUUUUGAUUUUGAGCUUCCCGAUGAUGUGAACAGGGAAGACUUCAAUGUAGAGCGUGACCGCCUUCGAAAUUUUUGCAACGCUGCUAAUCACAAAGUUGAAACGUUUUCAAGUGAUCCUUUAAGUCUUUUGAAGUUUAUCCAACGUUAUCAACUUGAAAUUUCCGUGCCGAACAUUGUUAUCAUGCUGAAAAUUUUCCUGUCUUUUGCUGUUAGUGUUGCAUCGUGUGAAAGGAGUUUUUCUAAGCUGAAGCUUAUUAAAAAUUACCUUCGUUCGCAAAUGUCUUCUUUGCGCUUGCGAAAUUUAGCGAUUUUGUCAAUUGAAAGAAAGUUGACAAAUGAAAUUGACUUUGACGACCUUAUUAAGGAAUUCGCAGCAAGAAAAGCCAGAAGAAUUAAUAUUUAG